AUGUUAAUAGAAGUGGAUCUUUUGUCCCGGUUUGAGGUCUUCCUCUGCGUUCUCUCCGGCUUGCUUUUGCAGGUAGAGGGCAAGGCGGGAUGUCGUUUCCGAAUGCAAACGAAAGAUGUCAGUGUUCUAAAUGCUUGGGAUUCCUUGUCGCCGUCCAGUAAUCGGACUCUUGUUUCUUCCGGCGGUGUAUUCGAACUUGGAUUUUUCAAUCCUCGUAUUGAUCGUUGGUACAUCGGGAUUUGGUACAGGGAAAUCGCAGAGGUUAAUCGAAGCUACGUUUGGGUUGGCAACAGAGACAACCCUCUCAACAACUACAACGGAACCCUAAAAUUGUCAGGUGCAAACCUCGUUAUCCAAGACCCAUCUAAUAAUAGCAUCGUCUGGUCAAGCUCAAGUUCAAAUACUUUACUCCCCGGGAUGAAAUUAGGAGUCGAUGCCAAUUCCGAUUGGAAGACCGCACACAUCAACAGAGUUCUUAAAUCCUGGAAAAGCAUGGAUGAUCCUGCAACCGGAAAUUACACGGGAAGCCAACAGCCAAGGGAAAGGGACCCUUAUGUACAUUGCGACAAACGACGACGACAUCUCAAUACUGCAAAUGUCGCGAAACGUAAGGCUAGUUCUACAGACAUGGAAUCAGAGCACAAACCGUCAAAUAUAUUGCUUGACGGAGAUAUGUUGCCAAAGAUCUCGGACUUCGGGAUGGCCCGAGUCGUCCAAAGGGACCAGAACCAAGACAACACGAGGCGUACCGUUGGGACUCAGUAA